CCGGAAGUACUAUUUUCUUGUUGCUGACGGGUGCCAAUUUAACUUGCAUUGUGCCUUAGGCUUGUUAUCAACACGUUUCAGUCAUGGACACAUUUGGAGACGAAUUUAAUAAGUAUCGUUCGCCGCUGGUGUCACGAUAUGCCAGCAAGGAAAUGGCCUAUAAUUUCAGUGACAGGAAGAAAUUCACAACAUGGAGAAAACUGUGGAUCUACUUGGCCAAAGCUGAAAAGGCUCUUGGCCUGCCCGUCACCGAAGCCCAGGUGGCAGAGAUGGAGAGCCACGCUGAGGACAUCGACUUUGCCAUGGCGGCAGAGGAGGAGAGAAAGCUGAGGCACGACGUCAUGGCCCACGUGCACACCUUCGCCCACUGCUGCCCCACCGCUGCUCCCAUCAUCCACCUGGGCGCCACUUCCUGUUACGUGGGAGACAACACAGAUUUGAUCGUGCUUCGUGACGGUUUUGACAUUCUCCUGCCGAAGUUGGCCAGAGUGAUCGACAGACUAUCAAACUUUGCUGAAAAAUAUGCUGGUCUCCCAACCCUGGGUUUCACACAUUACCAGCCGGCCCAGUUGACCACAGUGGGUAAGAGAGCAUGUCUGUGGCUCCAGGACCUUGUCAUGGACAUGCGGAACCUUCAACGCGGCCGCGAAGACCUGCGUUUCCGUGGGGUGAAGGGUACUACGGGCACCCAGGCCAGCUUCCUGCAGCUCUUCCAGGGGGACCAUGAUAAGGUGGAGGAUCUGGACAGAAUGGUCACCGAGAUGGCAGGCUUCAAAAAGGCCUACAUGGUGACCGGACAGACGUACAGUCGUAAGGUGGACAUCGACUCCCUCUCUCACCUGGCCAGCAUGGGAGCCACCAUCCACAAGAUCUGCACUGACAUCCGCCUGCUGGCUAACCUUAAAGAGAUUGAGGAGCCUUUUGAAAAGGAGCAGAUCGGCUCCAGUGCCAUGCCCUACAAGAGGAACCCGAUGCGUUGUGAGCGUUGCUGUAGUCUGGCCCGCCACCUGAUAGCGCUGCUCGCUGACCCCCUCCAGACCGCCUCGGUCCAGUGGUUGGAAAGAACACUGGACGACAGUGCCAACAGGAGAAUCUCUCUCCCUGAGUCUUUCCUUACCGCUGACAUCAUCCUCAGCACCCUGCAGAACAUCACUGAAGGCCUGGUGGUCUACCCCAAGGUGAUAGAGAGACACAUCCGUCAUGAGCUUCCCUUCAUGGCUACAGAGAACAUCAUCAUGGCUAUGGUGAAGGCUGGAGGCAACAGACAGGACUGCCAUGAGAAGAUCCGUGUGUUGUCCCAGCAGGCUGCAACCGUGGUGAAACAGGAGGGGGGGGACAAUGACCUCUUGGCCAGGGUCCAGGCUGACCCCUACUUCGCCCCUAUCCUGGGCCAUCUAGACAACAUCUUGGACCCCAAGACCUUCAUCGGCCGCGCCCCCCAACAGGUGGCGAGGUUUCUCUCUGAGGAGGUACGCCCUCUGCUGGAACCUUACAAGGCCCAGAUUGACAUCAAGAUCGAGCUGGAGCUCUAAAACCGGAGACACUCCUGACCUGUAAAACGACUAACCAAAAUCUAAAACUGACCCUUAUCUUAAUCCGAACCUAAUUUAAACCAAUUCUGAAAUUGUUAUAUUGUUUUGCAGGUCAGGAGUGGCCUUUUUACUAGAACACGAACACAUACUGUUACACACUAAAAUAAACCUCAUCGUGACAGACAUAUUGCACGCUGUGCUGUAAGACAAAAAAAUACACUCAAUUCAAAAGUCGGUGAGUUUGUAAUGAUGUAAUGCUAAACUAGCAGGGUUAGAACGUAUACAUAUGAAACCUCCGAAAUAUUUCAGGGCCUACGUCUAUGUUUUCCUAAAUUAAUGUAUGAUUCACUAAGUAAAACAUCAACAUGGUUGUUAAUGAUAUACCUUGUUACCUAUUUGAGGCACAGUAAACCUCUGGAGACUAAAGGACCCAGCUUCCUCUUCAAAUGGUUGAGGGCAAAGGUCCUGUGUCCCACCAGUCUUUAUUACCAAGAGCGACAUCAUAUCAAGCUGAUAAUAUUGGUGCAGUGGAACCAUUAUUACACUCAUUUAUUGCUUUGUGUUUAUGACUUAUCUAAUGCUCAACAGUAGACGCCCUGUUACAGCUUUCAGUCUAGAGAGAAAGAGUGUAUCAAGUCCUUCUCUGUUGUUUGAUAUACUUUUCAUUUCACUGUUUGUGGAUGUACAAUAGGAUUUAUGACAGUUUAUAUUUAGAAAAUAGGUACCUGAAAUUGAAAGAAUAGGGUAAUGUGAGAGUGAGGCGUGCAGAGGAAGCCCACAGUUUGUGCAGUAUGUUACUGGGAGGAACUAGUGCAAGCAAGUAGUUGUAAAUCUAAAAAUUGUUGGCCACACUGUUACCGUAAUGUCUUGCAUAGCAAACCCCUUCAAAAAUGCACCAAAAAUUUUUUUUGAUGCUUCUAAGUAGAAUAGUUACACAAUCUAAAAAAUAAUAAUAGAUUUAUUUUAUAUAGCGCUUUUCAUUACAAAGAUAAUUUUCAAAGACCCUUUCAAAAAAAUAAUACAUUUAGGUUUCUGGCAGUGGCAAGUGAUUGUGUUCCACAGCUGACAGGAUGUUGAGGCAGUUCAGAAAGGCAGUGGUAGUGGAGGGAGAAGUGUCAGUCAGAGACUGUAGAUGGGCCCUGAGCUCUUUCUCGGGCACCUUUACCAUAUCCUCCACAAUGUUUAUUUAAUCUACAGAUAUACACUUAACACACAUGAACAGAAAAACUCCCAUCAAGUACAGUAUUACAAAGGAAAGUCACUUAUUUUUUUCUAAGCCCAAAUUCCCCAGUUCCACUCACAUGGGCAUGAUCCGAUGCUCAGACAUGCGCUAUGUCCUUAACCUUUUAUUCAUGGUGAUAUGUGGCAAAUGAUAACACUGUCGUCGUCAAAAUCACAAUCACUGUCAGGUCACAUCUUCACACCUCAAUCAAUACUGUCAUCAUCCUCAUAACAAUCUUCAUCACCAUCAUUAUUAUUAUAAUAAAAAUAUAAAAUAUCUAAGGCCUGGGGCGUUAUAUUUCUUAAUCCGGCCCUAACCCAAUGUAAUAACUGUACCAUACAACCUUCUCUCUGGUCAAGCGAGUGAGGGAAUAACGUUCUACUGGUGUUAUUACGGUAUAUUGACAGUGAAGGCCAAGGGGGGAGAGGCAUUUCGAAUUGAGUUAGAGGAGAAAAAGUCAAGCGCUUGUUUCAGCUUUGCCUCCCAACUGUACAUCUAAGAAAACCUCUGUGAGUUUAAACCACUUUUUAUCAAAAUUCUCUUUCUCUGACAGUUAAAUAUUAUUCUCUUAUAGGUUACUAUGACAUCUGGUCUUAGAGCUUGCAGGAAAGGCAUUUCACUGUACUUGUGCAUGUGACAUUAAAACUAAAAUGUGUGUCUGUCA